AUGAAGUGGUGCACAAAAACAUUUGCCUCGCUGUCGCUAGCAGGCCUGGCGUUGGCAAGCAGCAGCCGCUUCGACAACGAUGCUGAAGUCUUCAUCCUUUCGGCCAAGCACGAUGCCAGCUCCACUCGUCCACGCCUCCCACCCCAGCUCGUCCGCCACAUCCUCCUCCAGCGAGUGUCGACCGGCGACGACCACAGCAGCCUGUCGGCUGAUCUGCCCGACGAGAUUGAGACGGACCGCGCGCUCGCCUAUCUCAACCAAUACGGCCGCGAGCCGAGGGCUCUGUUUUCCGCCGGCAAGGAUGACGACAGGAAUCCUUCAAUGGUCUUGAUGCUGGAGGGCAUCACCGAGGACAACGGUAGGGCACUGAGGCAGGGUCUCAAAGCCAGGAAGCAGGCUUUGGCCUUCACCGUGGCCGACACGCCGUCCGCCGACGCGACUGCGGAGCUGCUCCAAAGGGACUUUUCAGGUCUGCUGUCAAGCUGUAACGAGGUUGCCGACCUGGUGACCCCAGAGAACGACAAGUGCUGGUCUGGUCGGUCGUUGGUGGCCAAGCACGAUGUUGCCAAGAACCCAGAAUUCCUUUCCUCCCUGACCUCGAACCUGGACACCCUCCUGGCAGCCACCAGCAAGAGUCACAUGGAGGUCAUGCUUCUCCUCGUGCCCGAGAGCAGCCGCACCGCAGGCCUCAAGGAGUGGACGAGUGCAACCAACCACCUCGACCGCCGCCAGGCCGAGGCCGUCAUAACCGACCACCGCGCGAACGGCCACUCGGCCAAGGCGACUGGACACAAGAAGCAGGCCGUGUCCUCGUCGUCGGCGUCCACCGCCGCGCUUCGCAAGAUCCCCAACUGCUUCGCCUCGGCCUCGGCCUGCAUGAACGCGACCGACAGCUGCUCGGGCCACGGCGCCUGCCACGACCGCUUCAGCGCCGACGACUCCAAGCCCGAAACGUCGGCCGACGGCAAGACGCUGGUAUGCUUCCAGUGCGUGUGCGCCCCCACCAUCAACAACGACGACAAGGGUGGCCAGAGCCGCACCUUCUGGGGCGGCAACACGUGCGCCAAGCAGGACGUCAGCACGCAGUUCUGGCUCAUCGCCGGAAUGACCGUCGCCUUGAUCGGGCUGGUCAGCUUGUCGGUCGGCAUGCUCUUCAGCGUCGGGGAGGAGAAGCUGCCUGGUGUCAUUGGUGCUGGCGUGAGCAAGUCUAGCAAGUAG